AUGGCGAAACCCGUGUGGAAAGGGAACCACCCCGUCCAGCAAAUCAACCAGCCCCGACCGCUCUACCGAUUCGCCGCAACCGGCCUGGGCGCAGCCAUGUGGUUCUUCUUGAUGUACAGAGCGAAGAAAGACGGCCCGGCACUGAUCGGCUUGAAGCAUCCUUGGGACCAUUGA